GGUGAGGGGGAAGGGGAGGACGGAGAAAAACAAAGGCAAGUGAGCAAGCAAGCCAGCGCACUCUCCUGGAAGCUGGCAACACCUCCCUGUGCCUACCCACAAUGUGUCAGUCAGAGAAGCGGCAAGGACCAGAGCUCCAAGCAGCAGCGAAAUGUUUCCCUCAGACCCAGGCCACGUGUGGACAUGUGCCCUGCAGGUUGCACUUCCCCCAGCUGGCCCUACGGCGGAGGCUAGGCCAACUGAGCUGCAUGUCCAGACCCACUCUGAAACUGCGCUCCUGGCCCCUGAGCAUCCUCUACUACUUCCUGCCCUUCGGUGCCCUCAGGCCCCUCAGCCGGGUGGGAUGGAGGCCCAUGAGCAGGGUGGCCCUGUACAAGUCAGUGCCAACGCGUUUGCUCUCACGCGCCUGGGGUCGCCUCAACCAGGUUGAACUUCCUUACUGGCUCCGGAGGCCAGUCUACAGCCUGUACAUCUGGACCUUCGGGGUGAACAUGACAGAGGCUGCUGUGGAGGACCUGCACCACUACCGAAACCUCAGCGAGCUCUUCCGGCGUAAGCUGAAGCCUCAGGCGCGGCCUGUCUGUGGCCUGCACAGUGUGAUCAGCCCAUCAGAUGGCAAGAUCCUCACCUUUGGGCAGGUGAAGAACUGUGAGGUGGAGCAGGUAAAGGGCGUAACCUACUCCUUGGAGUCGUUCCUGGGCCCUCGAGCCUGGACAGAGGACCUGCCCUUCCCUCCAGCCUCCCGUGACUCCUUCAGGAACCAGCUGGUCACCCGGGAAGGGAACGAGCUCUACCACUGCGUCAUCUACCUGGCCCCGGGAGACUAUCACUGCUUCCACUCCCCCACUGACUGGACUGUCUCGCAUCGGCGACACUUCCCAGGUUCCUUGAUGUCCGUGAACCCUGGCAUGGCCCGCUGGAUCAAAGAGCUCUUCUGUCACAAUGAACGUGUGGUCCUAACUGGGGACUGGAAACAUGGGUUCUUCUCGUUGACAGCAGUGGGAGCCACCAACGUGGGCUCCAUCCGUAUAUACUUUGACGGAGACCUGCACACAAACAGCCCCAGGUACAGCAAGGGUUCCUACAAUGACUUGAGCUUUGUAACACAUGCCAACAAGGAGGGCGUUCCCAUGCGCAAGGGCGAGCACCUGGGCGAGUUCAACCUGGGUUCCACCAUUGUCCUCAUCUUUGAAGCACCCAAGGACUUCAACUUCAGGCUGAAGGCAGGGCAGAAGAUUCACUUUGGGGAAGCACUGGGCUCUCUCUAGUCCUUUAAGUUGUGGUUGCCAAGAAUCUUUCCACACAGGAACAUGAGGGUCUUCAGAGGAGCCCCCGCCUGUCCGGGUGAGGGGCGCUGUGGGGCUGACCUUAUAGGACCUGAAUGAUUUGUUCCUGCCUGUCCAGAGGUGCAAAGGAGCGGUUCUGGAUCUGUCAGGGCCCAGCCCCUUUACAGAGUGUGGGUGGGUGUGAUCUGACCUCAAAAUUACUUCCAAAAGGUUUUUUAAGAUUCUGUGUAAGCUGGAGACCUUCUAUCUCCUGGCUGUGUGUUGUGAGAACGGUUAUGUCCUCCACACCCCUAACUGUGCCUCCCGCCUGUCUCAGGGCCAUCUGUUCGCCUCUUCUGCUCACACUGGUCUCUCUGCCUGCUUUCACUAUACACAGGGUGAGGUGCCUCCUUGGCACAGAAUGGAUCCACUGUCGUCCUAGAGCAAGCCAUGGCCUUCAUAACUGCUUUUUGUUCCCAAAUUCACUUGUCUGCUUGCUGGAGAAGUAAAAUCACUUAUAUGUUGCUGAAUGUAUUGUCCUAGACUCUGCCUGUGUCUUCUG